AUGAACCCAACCUCCAUGGCUCUCCUCGCCUGCCUCUGCCUCUUGGGGACGCUGAGAAGGGGUCUCGGGACUGACACGGAGGAACGGCUGGUGGAACACCUCCUGGAUCCGUCCCGGUACAACAAACUCAUCCGUCCGGCCACCAAUGGCUCCGAGUUGGUCACGGUGCAGUUGAUGGUGUCUCUGGCCCAGCUGAUCAGCGUGCACGAACGAGAACAGAUCAUGACGACGAAUGUGUGGCUAACCCAGGAAUGGGAAGAUUAUCGCCUGACCUGGAACCCAGAAGAAUUUGACGACAUGAAGAAGGUGCGGCUGCCUUCCAAACACAUCUGGCUGCCAGAUGUGGUGCUUUACAACAACGCGGAUGGAAUGUACGAGGUGUCCUUCUACUCCAACGCGGUGGUCUCCUACGACGGAAGCAUCUUCUGGCUCCCACCGGCCAUCUACAAGAGCGCCUGCAAGAUUGAGGUCAAGCACUUUCCCUUCGACCAGCAAAACUGCACCAUGAAGUUCCGCUCGUGGACGUACGACCGGACGGAGAUCGACUUGGUGCUGAAGAGCGAAGUGGCCAGCUUGGAUGACUUCACCCCCAGCGGCGAGUGGGACAUCAUCGCUCUGCCGGGACGCCGCAACGAGAACCCCAACGACUCGACCUACGUGGACAUCACGUACGACUUCAUCAUCCGCCGCAAGCCGCUCUUCUACACCAUCAAUCUCAUCAUCCCUUGCAUCUUGAUCACCUCCUUGGCCAUCUUGGUCUUCUACUUGCCCUCCGACUGCGGGGAGAAGAUGACCCUCUGCAUCUCGGUUCUCCUGGCCCUCACCGUCUUCCUCCUCCUCAUCUCCAAAAUCGUGCCGCCGACCUCGCUGGACGUGCCCUUGGUCGGCAAGUAUCUGAUGUUCACCAUGGUGCUGGUCACCUUCUCCAUCGUCACCAGCGUCUGCGUGCUCAACGUCCACCACCGCUCUCCCACCACCCACACCAUGCCUCCUUGGGUCAAAGUGGUCUUCCUGGAGAAGUUGCCCACCUUGCUCUUCCUCAAACAGCCCCGCCAAAGCUGCGCCCGCCAGCAGCUGCGGCAGAAGCGGCAGAGCCAGGAACGGGCGCUGAGCAGCUUCUUCCUGAAAGGUGGCGCCCGCUCCUGCACCUGCUACGCCAACCCGUCUACCAUCAAGAAGUUCGGGACCGGGAGCAGCAGUGGACGGACCUUCACCGAAAGCUCCGACGGGGUCAACGGUUUCCGGGAGAGGCUGAGCCAAGCGGCGACCGAACAGGAAGCCUGCUGCUGCGGCUUGGAGGAGGCAAUCGACGGGGUGCGCUUCAUCGCGGACCACAUGAAGAGCGAAGACAAUGACCAGAGC